AUCAUCUUCUAGCAAUACAUAGAUAACAAUGGCAAUUUGUUUGCCUGGAAUUUUGCCUGCUAAGCAGGUUCUUCGCCGAUCAAAUUUAGUCUCCAAUCAUUCACCAUCUGUAGAUCUUCCAAAGGGCUACCUUGCAGUUUAUGUAGGAGCGAGACAAAAGAAACGAUUUGUAAUUCCAAUAUCAUUCUUAAAUGAACUUGCAUUUCAAGAACUGCUAUACAAGGCAGAAGAAGAAUUCGGGUUCAAUCAUCCAAUGGGAGGUCUCACAAUUCCCUGCAGCGAAGACGUAUUCAUUGACCUCACUUCUUGCUUGAGCAGGUGUUGAUAUGUGGCAAUAGGACGUAU